AUGAACCCCACGGUCCAAAGGACCCACACUCCCCUCUUCAAUUUCUGGAAGAGGAACAAGACCUUCCAGAAGAGCUUUGCAAACAUCGUGAAAUUCAAGGAUGACGAGAUCAACAUGUCCGACUCCUCGGUGGUGCUCUACCACUUUCACCAGCAGUUGCUCACCUCCACCAUCGAUUUCCGCCUGCAGCCGGGGGAGAGCGAGGAAGAGCGAUGCGAGCGCGUGAAGCUGGCUGUCAAGCAACUGACAAGAUUCACGCAUCGGUUCUUUGCAUUCGUCAAUUCGCUGUACCUCCUGUACGAUCCCAGCACACCGGUGCUGCGUUACAGCAAGAAGAUCGACAAAUUGCUGCAAACCAAACUGCAAGUGGCGCGGCAGGCAGAGGAGAUGCUGCAUCUCACCGAUGACAUGCACCGCAUGGAUCUAAGGGACUGCUACCACAAUUGCAACGGUAGCGUGAGGUACCAUGCGAUGAACGUGGAUUACAUGCGCAAACUGCUCAACAUGGUGAAAUUCCCAAACCUAUCGCUGUUCUUCAUCUAUGGGUUGCCAAACAUGGUCCACCCUCUCUACGACCAGCUCAGCUACAACAGCUACACCUUGCGGUUUCAGCCACAGGGUGUGAUACCCGAUAUCGUCACGGCACAGAACAUCCUCGUCAACAUGCAGGAGCUGGUCUGUUCGAUGACCGAUUACAGCUCCUAUUACAGCAACCUCGCGCGCUUCAUCGAAUUGCGCGAUCGGUUGUUCGAGGACGCCAGACAAAGCAAGGUCAUUGCCAAGAUCGAGCAGAUGAUCAGAUCUACGGUGAGUCCCGCAGGGUUCGGCCCUGGAACCUUCCGCUUCAUCAUUGUGCUCCCCAUCUUCCCAAAGAUUGUGCAGAACAUCAACAUGAUGGGGUUCCCCAACCGCGGAACCAAGGCAGAAAUCCACGCGCUCUUCCGAGAGCGUCGCAGGCUGUACAGGAAGUGGAAGAUCCCCUUUGAGAUCCAGGUGAUGCUGCAUCGGAACAUCGAGCGGGGAUUCCCCAUUGUCUACCAGAAGGUUUAUUCUCUCUCUGUAGCGAAAUAA